CGCAUCUUUUUACAAAAGGCAACUUAUUUUUUAGGAACUGCGGACAUACAACAGUGUCUGUUAACCGUCAGAAACAUAAACAUUUUACCUGCAAAGUAAAGUAAUGAUGAACUUUGUGAAAAUGUUAUUUUACUAUUUUUUAAAUGGCUGUCGCACAUUGACCUUAUAUUCCUUUUUUGACUAGGAAUUGACUGACCUGACAAACUUAAAAUUCUUAAAAGUUGGAUUUGCAGAGAUGCAGGGAUGCUUCUCAUGUUGUUGUUUUAAAUUCUGAAGUGUUUGAUUUGUGGGUAAUGAGGUGGAUCAACGUGGUAUGUUUGAACAGAUUGAUGAUGUGAUUGUUUGGGGCGGUGUAAAUUCUGAUUCUCUGAUUUGGUUAAGCAAUGAAUUUUAAUGGCGUUGAUUGUGGGAUUGAUGGGUGAGUAUGCGUAGGGUUUGGAGAUUGUUUUUCUUUUUCAAAAAAAAAGGGGAAAGUUGACAAUGGGAUGAUGUGAUUAUUUGGCUUUGUGUAUUAAUGAUUUUAUCAUUUACUUGAGUAGUUGUUAAUGAUGAUGAUUAUGCGAUAGGGGGUUUGUGCUUGUAGCGUUCGGAGACAGCGGUUUUGGGCUGUUUUAGGGAAGACAGAGAUGCUUUUUGGUUUGGAUAAUUUCUGAUAUUAGGAUUUGGGUUCGUGUAAUUUCUGAUUUUAUGAUUUGGGUAAGCAGUAGUUCUUAAUGGUGUUGAUUAUUGAAUUGGUUUGUGUAUAUAUGUGGGUUUUGUGAGUGCACUUUCUCAGAGUUUUUUGGGAGGGCUUUGGUGGUGUGUAUUGGGGAUUUUUAGAAUGGUGUAAUUUCUGGGUUGUCAAGUGGGUGGGUUUUAGAUUGAUAGGUAGUUGAGUGUACACAUGGAGUUAGAAUUGGGGUUUAUAAUGUUUUUCAGUAGGGCAAUGUGUUCUGUGAACUUGUGAAGUGAGAAAUUAUAGGAAGCUCAAAGAAAGUAUUAUCAUGGAUUAUGAAGGUUUGUCAUGGAUGGGAGUGAGAUUAGGAGUUGCAGCAGAGAGGGAGCUAUAUGAGAGAACAAAAAAGGCAGCUGAAGAAGCACAAAGGCAAGGCGCAGCCCAACUUAAGGCAGCGGUGAAGGCAGGUGGAGCAGUGAAGCCACUUUGUGAUUCUUACAACUGGUGGUCAUUGGGAUUUAGAGAUUCAAGACUUGAAGGAGCUUACAGGCUUAAAUCUGUUUCAUAUAUGGAUAGUAUUGCUUCCUUCCCUGUUGCAUGCGAGCUGGCCGCAUGCACCUUACAUCUGUUCAGGCCUAAAAUGAUCAACGAUUCACCAUCUUCCCAAGUACACUUCUUGGUUUACAUUUGGAUUGCUGUAUGCUGUAUAACAGUUCUAAGCUCUCAGAUGUUAUUUUCUAAAUGGUAUCAAGGAUGCAGGGGUAUCAUCUUGCAGUACAUGACAACAAUACUAUGGAUCUGGGAAAGCAUUCAGAUUUUCCUGAUGGCUGAUACUCAGGAAUGGACUUACAUUAGUUAUCACGCUCUAGCCCUUUCCACAUGCACGAGCAUCCUUUACCAGAUUCCCUUUUGCAUGCAUCUGCGGCUAAGGAUUUUUGGGCUAGCAUGUCAAGCUGCCGCUAUUUCAGCAAGAGGCAAACGACAAGAUAGUCUAGCUUUAUUGUUUGUAAUUACAGCUAGUCACCUAUUGGGUGUCUUCCUGGCUUAUGUUCUUGACCGAAGAGCAAGGCUGCAUUUUCUAAAGUCAAUGCCAUGCUGGCAAGCAGAAGGCAUGAAGGGAUCUCCUAAUGCUAUAGAGUCACAGUUUAUGAGGCCUUGUAGGGAUUCUAUCUUCAGGCAGUAUUGGAGUAUGUUCUGCAACCAAUCGCUUGAAAAGUCAUCCUCAAAUUUGAGCACUGUGAUGAUUACUCCUGUUGACCGAGCUACACCUCACAGGGCUCUUGGGGGCUUUGCAGGUGGCUUUGCUGGCGUUUCAGGCUUGAAAUGCAGGGUUCCUCCUCCCAUGCCUUUAUUUUCCUUUACUGACAGCCACUCAGAGCAUGGUAAGAUGUCAGGUUCUGAAUUGAGCAAUGACACUAAUGACUCAAAAAAUACCGUGAACAUGAUAUUGCACCACAAGCAUAAUAAGGUUGAAGAUAGAUGGAUACAGGAAACAACUGCUGAUAGUGCUUGUUCUCACACUGAAGGAAGAUGCACAAUCCCUAAGAAGCUACUUGGUGACCACGACUAAUUAUUGCAUUGAGUUAUUUUAUAUAGUGGCAUUCUACCAUUCAUAGGAAUCAUAUGUCGAUAUGUGUCCGAGCGUUUGAUGAUUUAUUUUUUGAUAAGAUGCAUCUGAAAAUGGUUGUAUGUUGAGCAGGGAGCAACUUGAUUUUAUGAUGUAUUGAGUUACCCUCCAUUAUGCACCAAAUGGAGUCUGCAUAUUGAUCAGUGAGCAACUUGAUUUUAUGAUUUUUCAUGUUACCCUCCAUUUUGCAUUAAAUAGUCUCUAUUUUGCUGCUUUUGUUGUCUGGUCAAGAAGGGCAUAUUUACAGAGCUCUGAGGUGAAGCUUGUGGUAUAUCAUCAUCUCUGCAGGGAUUUGUGAAUAUAUUGAUUGAUUUUCUAUUUUC